CACGCUUGAAGCCACCUCGCCGCUCCAUCUCCCUACCAUCCCCGACCUUAUACCACGAUCCAAAAGACAAUGUCGAGCUUAAAGGCAGUGAUUCUUGUUACUGGCGGCACAGGCCUCGUCGGGCGCGCGAUCCAAUAUGUUAUCGAGACAGAGCCCGAGGGCUCGCGUUUUGGCAAGCAGCCUGGAGAGACAUGGAUAUUUGCCAGUUCAUCGGAGGGAGAUCUUAGGGAUGCGGCACAAACGCGCAAGCUAUUCGAAAAGUACAAGCCCACGCAUGUAAUCCAUUUGGCCGCUCUUGUCGGUGGUUUGUUCAAGAACAUGAAGUACAAGCUUACGUUCCUGCGCGACAACACUCUCAUCAACGACAAUGUUCUCCACACCUCGUAUGAGACACAUGUCACGAAGGUCAUCUCGUGCCUCUCGACAUGUGUCUUCCCGGACAAGGUCGAGUACCCACUUGAUGAGACCAAGAUCCACCUUGGCCUGCCCCACGAGAGCAACAAUGGUUAUGCACACGCGAAGCGUAUGGUAGAUGUCGCGAAUAAGGCAUACAAGGAAGAGUUUGGGUGCAACUUCACUUCUGCGAUACCGACGAACGUAUUCGGUCCUUAUGACAACUACGAUCUUGAUGAUGCGCACGUUAUCCCCGCCCUGAUACACAAGUGUUACCUUGCAAAGAAAAACAACACGCCUUUUGUUGUCGCAGGCACUGGCAAGCCACUCCGUCAAUUCAUCUACUCUCGCGACCUCGCGAAGCUGUUUAUUUGGCAGCUGCGCGAAUACGACGACGUGGAGCCCGUCAUUCUUUCUGUCGGUGAGGACGAGGAGGUGAGCAUCAAGGAAGUAACCGAUGCGAUUGUUAAGGCCCUCAAAUUCGAGGGCCAAUACACCUUCGAUACCACUCGUGCGGAUGGCCAGUUUCGCAAGCCUGCGUCCAACAAGAAGCUGCUUGGGCUGCUUGGGGGCAAGUUCGAGUUCACGCCGUUCGAAAAAGCGCUCGACGAGUCUGUCCAAUGGUUCCUCGCGAACUAUCAGAACGCACGUAUUGGGGAGGUCAAGGCGUAACGCGUUCGUCCAUGGGUGGUCAAAGUUAUGUUGGGACUACAGGCUUUGUUUGGAAAUACAUUUCUGACGACGCUCGCGGCUGCAGUGUCUGAAUGGUGUAGAAUCUGCAUAUUACAAUUCUGAACGGCUCAGACCUCCC